UAUGGACCUUUCAGUGAAACUGGAGUUUGAAAAUAUACUCCUUGGACUCGAAACUUACCUGGAACUGCUUCGGGGGCCCGUAUGGGAACGAGAUCUCUUCACCGGUCAGCGAAUUCGCGCCGGAGUUCUCAGGAGCGGUGGUUUCUUUGCUAGAAAAAACGAAGUGCAUAGAGACAAAAGUGGUUAUCCUCUGCGCAAAUUUUCAUAGGCUCUGUAAACAAAACGCCUACUCUUGGGCUGCGGAAACUGGAUUACUCUGUGGAAGGAAUUGUAGGGAAACUGCCUUGCGGUAGGGUUCUUAUCGAAUGCAAGAGAAUGGAUUUGUACCCGAUAAUUUUUUUCAUGUCGAUUGUUCAUGGGUAUUUGAUCAAAUUGGAUGUUGCAGGUUGUGCAAUCGAUGCUAGCAGUUUUGUCCAUAGGAAUGGCAAAUGUAGUGUUUUAGAGGAUGCAAAAAAGUUGUUUGAUUAUAUGACUGAGAGAAAUGCAGUCACUUGGUAUUUGAUGGUUGGGCUAUACUACACCCAGAAUGGGAUGAAUGAGGAAGCAAUUGAAGCCUUUUAUGACAUGAGAGGAGAAGGCAUUGAGCUGACUCGGGUCACUGUAGCUAGCUUCUGUUCUGCUGCGGCCAAUUUAGAUUAUUUAGGAGAGGGUAAUGGGUUGGAUCUAGACAACAUUUUAUGAUGUUCCUUUUUGAGUUUUUAUUUGAAGAUUGGUUUGAUCGGGGAUGCUGACCUAAUUUUUUAUAAGAUGCUUGAGAAAGAUGGGGCAACGUGGAAUUUGAUUAUUUCUUGCUAUAAGCAGCGUGGGCAGUUCGUGAAGGCACCCAAUAAGUGCCUUCUGAUGAUAUCAGAAAACUUGAGAUUUGACUCCGACUCUAGCAUCUGAGUGGUGAGGCCUUGAAUUUGUUUUAUCAGAUGCAAUUAGGGGGUGUGGCCCCAAAUUUAAUAUCACGAACCGGGUAAGACGUGGCCAGGUCAAUGAUGCUGAAGACAAUUCCUCAAAGAUGCAAUCCCUUGUGUUUCAACCGAACCCAAUGACUUGGACCAUCUUUGGUCUACCUCAAAUUGUAUUUAGCUUUGAGGCAAUAUUCCAGAAAACGCAAGAAGCAGGAAUCCAACCCAGCAUUCUAAGAA